UGCAUAGACAAUUUUUGUAUGUCAAUAGAAUCCUCAAUCCAUAUUUAUAAUUUUUAUUAACUUUAACACAAUAUUAAUAUAACAAGAUAAGUUGCAUCCUUAAAAGCAAAAAAAUCGAUAUAACGCAUCCAUCAUGAGUAUGAGACCGGAGGACCAUCGGCGAAAAUGGGAUAAAGAUGAAUUCGAACGAAUUGCUGAGGAAAGAAUAAAAGCAGAGUUAGACGAAGAGGAAAGGUCAAAAAAGAAAGCUCCACCCAUUAAAAGAGAACUCCUGAAACAACGUGAAUACAAAGUUGAUUUGGACUCAAAAUUGGGUAAAAGUGUAGUGAUAACUAAGAACACUCCUACCUCACAAUCGGGGGGCUACUACUGCAAUGUAUGUGACUGCGUUGUUAAAGAUUCCAUUAACUUCUUGGACCAUAUCAAUGGAAAAAAACACCAAAGAAAUCUUGGUAUGUCAAUGAAAAUCGAGAGGAGUACAUUAGAUCAGGUAAAAGCAAGAUUUGCAUUGAACAAACGAAAAUUAGAAGAAAAGAAGGACGAGUAUGAACUCGACACUAGGCUAAAGGAGGCUGCAGAGGAGGAAGCUCGUCUGAAGGAACUGCGUCGCGAAAGACGUCGGGAUAAGAAGCGCAAGCUACAAGAAACUGAAGAUACUGAUGAUGGUCCUGCUCAAUCAGAGUUAGCACAAAUAAUGGGCUUUUCUGGUUUUGGUGCAUCUAAAAAGUAGCAAUUUAUUCUUAGCGUGCUAUCAAAACAUGCAGUAUAGUUAGAUUAUUCUUCUGUUUACUGCAUAGUGAAAUCGUUUCUAUACUAGAAAAAUCAAUAUGGUUAACCAGACUGUGCAUUAUAAUAUACCUAGUGUAAAUAUUAUAAUUACAUGAUUUUGUUUGACUACUAUGUAAUAUAAGUAUACCUAAUAUUAAUCAUAAUAUGUAUGUAAAUAAACCUCAACUCAUUUGGAAAUGAAAAGCAUGCCUACUAGGUAUUACACUUAUUAUCACUAUUAUCUUAUGUUAGUACCUAAUCAUAUUUUAUGUAAGUAAAUUAACUGACUUAAAAAAGAAAAACUACUCUUAAUUUUUUUAUGAAAUAAUAAUUCAAAUUCAAACGGAUUUAU